UCCUAAUAACUCCGACAACGUCACCAUCAUUCCUGCCAGCCGCCGCCGCCGUCCCUACCCAGCUGAAAAAAGCUUGUUUCAGAUAUGACAUUGAAAAAAGAGUUUGCCUAAUUGACUACUUCUUCCAAAUCUCUCCCCCAUUUUCUACGCUCUCAUACUUUCUUCACUUCAUUUUCCCCAUAUCUCACGCCCUUCUCUUUUUCCAAUGUUCUCCACCUUCAUUUUCCAUCUUCUAGUUGUUUGUGCUUGAUUUAGAAGAUCAUUGUGCUGCCUCUAUUGACAACUUUGACGAUCAGUAGACAACAUCCUUAAUCUUUCUGAUGAAAUCUCGUAGUUGGAUGUAUAAUAGGACAAACGACGGCCGAGGGGGGAUGAGGCAAGAAUUUGUAGACGGUGUUGAUGCUUUUGUUUACUAUGCAAUGACACUUGAAACUUUUCAAAUUCAUGGCUUGGUUAGGUGCCCUAGUGUGAAAUGUCAAUGUAUGAAUUACAAGAAACCAGAGAUUGUUAGGCUUCAUCUCUAUAAAGACGGCUUUGAAAAAGAUUAUACAGUGCAGACUAAUCGUGGAGAAAUGAAUAGUAGUUUUGGUAGAUUUCAAAACUUUGUUGUUGGUGAAAGUAGUAGGUCGGUGGAACCUAAUGUCCAAAAUUCUAGAAUGCACGACAUGGUUCAAGAUGCUUAUGGGAUGCAUUCCGAUUUUGAAUCUGGUAACCAUGAUGAAGAAGCUCCAAAUGAAGAAGCUAGUCGUUUUUUUUGAACAAUUGAAAAAUGCUAGUCGGCCUUUAUAUGAAGGGAGUCCCCACUCUUAAUUUUCUAUUGUUGUUAGAUUAUUAAGCAUCAAAGCAGAUUGGAAUGUUCCUCAAGGUGUAAUGGAUGUUGUGAUUGGCCUUAUACAUGAAUUAGUUGACCCGAAAUUAGAGAUACCUGAAAACUACUAUAAGGCAAAAAGAUUAGUGUCUAAGUUAGGACUCUCGUCGAUGAGAACUGAUUGUUGUGAAAAUGGAUGCAUGUUAUACUAUAAGGAUGACAAAGGUCUAGAAUCUUGUAAGUUUUGUGGAAGAGCUCGUUUUAAGCGGACUCAUAGCGGGAAGAGGGUUGUCGUUAAGGUGAUGCAUUACUUACCUCUUAUACCAAGGUUAAAGAGGUUGUACGCAUCAAAUAGCUCCGCUCCUCAUAUGAGAUGGCACAGUGAAAAUAGAAGGACGCCUGGUGUUAUGUGUCAUCCAUCAGACGGAGAGGCUUGGAAACAUAUUGACGCAACAUAUCCAAACUUUGCGGCUGAACCAUGGAACAUUAGGUUGGGUUUAUGUUCCGAUGGAUUCGCUCCACAUUCUGUUUCUGCUACACCAUAUUCUUGCUGGCCUGUUUUCUUAACACCAUAUAAUCUUCACCUGAGUUGUGUAUGACUAGUCCAUAUAUAUUCCUUAAUUGCAUCAUUCCUGGCCCACGUAAUCCAAAAGUUUUGAUUGAUGUAUACUUGCAACAUUUGAUUGAUGAGUUGAAAAUGUUGUGGGUUGAAGGGGUUGAGACGUUUGACGUUUCUCUUAAGCAGAAUUUUAAUUUGCGGGCCACUUUAAGAUGGACUAUUAAUGAUUUUCCUGCCUACGGAAUGUUGUCUGGGUGGAUGACUGCUGGAAAGUUAGCCUGUCCUUACUGCAUGGAGAAUACUAAAUCAUUCACUUUAAAGCAUGGAAAAAAAAAUUCAUGGUUUGAUUGUCACCGUCAAUUCUUGCCAAUGGAUCAUGAGUGUAGGAGUAUGAAAAAUGCAUUUAGGAAGAACAAAAUUGAACGAAACUAUCCACCUCCAAGACUUCCAGGAGAGGAAAUUUGGGAGAGGGUUGAGAACUUUUCAAAAGUUAAUGAAGAACCACCGUACAAGUUCGAUGGGUAUGGGCUUGCACAUAAAUGGACCAAACAGAGCAUAUUUUGGGAGUUACCAUAUUGGAAGGAUAAUCUUCUCUGGCAUAAUCUUGAUGUCAUGCACAUUGAAAAAAAUUAGUUUGAUAAUUUAUUCAACACAGUAAUGGAUGUCAAGGGCAAGCAAAAGAUAAUCCAAAGGCUAGAUUGGACUUACAGGAAUAUUGUAUGCGUAAAGAGUUAUGGUUGCAGGACAAACGGAACGGGGUCUUCAAGCCUAAGGCUAGUUAUUCAUUCACAAUGGAUCAUAAACGAAAGAUUUGUCAAUGGGUUAAGAACUUGAAGAUGCCUGAUGGGUAUGCAUUAAAUUUGGAAAAACGUGUUGAUAUGGCGCAAGGAAAGUUACAUGGGACGAAAAUCCAUGAUUGUCAUGUUUUCGUGGAAACUUUACUCCCCAUUGCAUUUAGUAGCUUGCCCACCCGAAUCUGGAAGCCUAUGACUGAAAUUAGUUUGUUCUUCAAAGACUUGUGUUCCAGCACAUUGAGGGUAGACACCCUGGAUUGGAUGCAUCAGAAUAUUCCUGUAAUAACAAGUAAGUGGGAGAAAAUUCUUCCACCGGGAUUCUUCGAUGUGAUGGAACAUCUUUCAAUUCACCUUGCGGAGGAAGCUCGGCUCGGUGGCCCAGUUCAUUGUCGUUGGAUGUAUCCUUUCGAGAGAACUAUUGGCAAGUCUAAACGGGGUAUCAAGCAGAAACAUAGAGUUGAAGGAUCAAUUUGCGAAGCCUAUCUUGCUAAGGAAACAACUCAUUUCUGUUCUUACUACUUUGGGGAUGAUGUGGCAUGCUUGCGAAACAGACCCAAUCGGCACUAUGAAGGAGGUGAGAAUGAUGCUUUAGCAAAGCCGAUAUCAAUCUUCAAUCGACCGGGUUCAGGUUCAAAAAAACGUACAAGAGAAUUUAAUGAUAUGGAGUCUAAAUCUGCAUCGAUACAUAUCUUGUUGAAUUUCCCGGAAGUUCAACGAUAUUAUGAUUACUUUGUGCAUUUAAAUGGCGUUGAAAAAGUGUACGACCAGUUUGGGAAGUGGUUUAACGAUUAUGUUUACAGUACAGAAUAUGAUUACCAUGACCAACAUUUAAAGGACAUAUCUUGGGGACCCGGUAUGGUCUAUUUUAUGGACAAAUAUGUGGUAAAUGGUUUCAAAUUUACUACCGAAGAACGAUCUAAGCAUAUGAAAACUAACAACAGCGGGGUUUGGGUUAAAGGAGGGGAUGGAAACCAAGCCGGGGUCGAUUAUUAUGGUGUAAUUAAGGAGAUCCUAGAACUGGAAUAUUCUGGUGGUGGCAAAAAAAGAAUUGUACUUUUUCGGUGCAAGUGGUUUGAUCCAACCCUAAAUAGAGGUACAAGGGUACUUGAGCAGUAUAACAUCAUAGAAGUAAACCACACGAGGGAGUAUGCGGUUUAUGAUCCUUUCAUUAUUGCACAAAAUGUUAGACAAGUGUACUAUGCUCCUUAUCCCUUGCGUCCAGAUAAGUCUGCUUGGUGGGUGGUAAUUAAAGUCAAGCCUGUGGGUCGAGUGGAAGUGGAGAAUGUGUUGCCUGUUGCGUUCCAGGAUGACGACAUAUCAGUUGUUCACCAAACAGUUGACAAUGAGUUAGAAGAUGAUUUAGAGCAUGCAGAACACAUAUUGGAAGAAAUAAAUGCAGAGGUGAAUGAAUGUAAUAAUGAAAACGAAACAACUGAUGAGAAAGAAUGGUCAGAAGAGGGAGAUGGGGAUGGGGAUGAGGAUUAAUAGCAAUUAAUACCUCAACGAAGACAUUUUUUGAGCCAUUUCAACAUUUUAGAGAUCUGAGAGGGGUAAUGCACUUGGCAAUCUUGAUGGUGUAGUGGUGGUUUGUUAAAUUCCUGACUGCCUGCAGUUGUUUUUUCCCCAGUAAAAUCAUCCUUUACAUUGUUCUGGAUAUUUUCACAUAUCUCAACAACUUUAGAUGGAGAUACAAAGUUGUUCUCCUCAUUAGCAAGACCUGCAGGUAUCUCAUUUUGUUGUUGCAAAUUUCCUGAAGUUACUAUCCUAAUAGAAAAAACACAGGGAAGAUGCAUAAAAACCAUUUCACAGGAACAUUAUUUUCUUUGACAAGUACCCACAAAAACAAAAACUUGAUCUUUUUUGGUCAGGCAAAACUAUACAAAUUGCUCAGUGGUCUGAUUUCUUUGCUUAAGCUAUGGAAGAUUGCAUAGCAUCUAGAUGAUAAACUUCCAACUAUAAUGUAUGAUGUUUCCGUAACUUGGUUCAUCUGUUCAUGUUUGUUUUUGGUGCCUUAAUGUAACUUCACUAAAAAUUACUUUCUACAGAUUAGUCACAAGGUUGGCAAUUUUCAUGUGACUGACCCCAUACUUGUCAUUGUGGGAAGAAUAAGGUCAAAAAAAGAAGAAGAACAAUAAGGUCAAAAAUUAGAUCAAUGAUCUGUAAUCAUCUUUUUCCAUUUGGGAUAGAGAAGCAUAAACCUAUACCUAGUUCUAUGAUUCUGUAACAUUUGCUAUUGUUGUUAUUGUUGUUGUUUUUUCUCAUUUUGUUGUUGCAAGUUUUCUCUACACCAGAUACAGUUGAGACACCAGUAAAUGCAACCAACUGUUUUUGUACAUUAACACCAGCAGUACUAUUUUUUGCAGUAGACAAAUUAGCUAAAUUACCAUUCAACUGCUUCCUAAUACUUCCCUCCAUCACUGGAACAAAAGGCACAACUGCAGCAUCAACACCUACUGCAUUAUUUAUAGGUGUUGCUAUUUCUAAAGCAGUUGAAUCUCCUGAUGCUGCAACUAAUUGAUGCUAAUCCUCAGCUAUAUUAGUUUGCUGCAGAUCCACAACAGAGGUUGGGACUUGAGUUUCCUCAUUUGUUUCUACUUAUUUGCUGGUUGGCCCCUCUCUCUUUUGUUCUCUGUUUGACUUACUGACAUAAUAUUCCUGGGCUGCGCAAAUUAAGACAGAAUUUGUUACCAAAUUAAGACAAAAUCUGUUACCAAAUUAAGUCUGGAGGAGCUGUCUUAUACAAAGAAUGUGUUUGGGCAUGUAUUGCCAUUCUCAUCCAACAUGUUCACCAACUAGGAAACACGCUCGAUCAGUUCCUAAAUUAGUUGGUGUUGAAGUGUGUGACCAACUCAUUUAAAAGUUUAAAUGGUUAGAUAGAUUACACUUUUAUUUUUAGUGUCUAAUUAUACCUUGACAUGCAUGCCUCUGAUCGAUUUCAUAAAGUUAAGUGCCUACUCUCGUGACCAAUAUCAUGUUAGAGAGCACAAUUUGUACUUCAACAUAUCUCGACAGGCAAGACUUGAGACAUGUCAUCAUUAAGUACCAGAGUUAGUGGGUGACACCGCUAGACUAUAAUUGUUUUUUGUUUUGAUGAAGGACACCGCUAGACUAUCAUUAAUCUUUGUUGAAAGCUUAGUGCCUAGUUAGAGGGUAAUAAUGUUAUUGAUUCUAUGAUCAGUCACGAUCAGGAAAGUUGCCAAAUUUGAGCUAGGAAUUAAGCCAGCUGGUGGGGUCUAAUUAUCUUACCUAAACACGAAUUGACCUGAAUGGAUAAUGUGAACUAACUAAAUAAUCAACAGGGGUGUGGGUGUGGGAGAGCUAGUCUUUUAAGCAACAUUUAGUAGUACUACGCUAUAAUUCAGUGACAAGAAAGUUGAAACCGUAGUGGUGUACUUGUAAGAACGAAAUCAUAUUAUUUUUUCAACUCAAAGACCUAUUCCACCUUAUAACGGUCCCUUUUCUCGAAUACACAAAAACAUCCAUCUGGUGAAGAUUGGACCUGCCUAUCAUUGUGUGAGAGCUAGCUGUUCAUAAAUCCUUAUUAUAAACUCUUUUCACAGAAAAUCCAUCUUCUGCAAGCAUAUGUCUGGAGUAGUAUGUUGUAGAAAGAUUAGUUUCAAAGCGAUUGCAGGAAAACAUGCACUGGAAGAAGAAUAGGCUGCGAGCAGAUGAGUCGAUGAGGAUGCCAAUUCCUAGAGUUACACUAGCUUCUAUUGAAUCCUUGUCCAUACCACUUGUAAGUAGUUUCUAUAUUCUCCUUUCACCCAUACAUGUAUGUCCAACCAUAACAUUUUGUGUCAAUGUUAUUGCAAUUAUCACUACUAAAAAAAUAGGAUUUUCCUGAUGCUGCAACUAAUUGAUGCUGAUCCUCAGCUAUAUUAGUUUGCUGCAGAUCCACAACAGAGGUUGAAACAGAUGCAGUUGGAGCAACAUUCAGAGAAACAGUUUUUUCCACAUUUGAAUCAACCACCUGUUUAUUGACUUCCUCCUCUAUCACCUCCUCUUCAUCAUUAUUAGGCUGUCCUGAAGUAGAAGCAUUUUUCCAUUCUCCACAUUAAUUCCACCAUUACUUUUAAUCUGCUUCUUCCCCUUAUUAGUUUGCCAUUUGUGUAAAUCCUUAACAUUGCCAUUAACUUUACCACUAUCCAGUACCUUAAUGACAUGGUUCCUGAAUCUAUAAUUUGCAUACUUAUAAUUGGACUGCCUUCCAUUAUAUCUGCCUUUGACAGGCUCCUGCAUAUUAUUUGAAUCAUCAACUUGCUUGCCCGUAUCUUCAGUUGCAUUAUGUUUGCCCUUCACUGGUUCCUGCAUAUUUUUUGAAUCUGCCACUUGCUUGCAUUUAUCUUCAGAACUUGGGACUUGAGUUUCCUCAUUUUUAUUGACUUCCUCAUCAGUUUCUUGUUCAGGAAACAGUUUUGGUGCUAAAUUUGGUGCUAGAUUUGUAUUUAGCAGUAGAUAUUUUUUUUUGGGUACUAAUUUACUCUUAAAACUGAUUUCUCCUGGUUUGCUUUUGUGUAAUACUUAAAGUAAGAGCCCAAAGUAGUUUCAUUGUGUGCUUAUUGUUUAAUUGAGGGAACUUAUGCGACUGUACAAUAGUAUAAACUGUAACCUGUUGCUUUAACAUGAAUCUAGAUUUCCUUGUUUCUUUAAAAAUGUAACCUGUUGCUGCUUCUUAGUAUUUGCAUUAGGAUCAUGUUGCACAAUCUGGUUCUGCUUUUUUGAAGUAUAAAUUGCAAGUUGACAGAAAUAGCAUGUGAAACCUGUUGCUGAUUUUUAAAAACACUCUGCACCUCUUGAGUUUGCUUCUUUGUAUUUGAAUUAGAUUCAGGCUGAACAUUCUGUUGUUUGCUCAGCAUGAACAUUCAGAGAUUUCUCAAUAAUUUUUUCCACACCAGUUGUCCAGAAUCCACAAUCUCUGCAAACUUAUUAUUAGUAUGUAGACUCUUAGGAUCUGCAACAACCAGUUCCUUCACAAUAUUAGUGCAUCAAUAUUCCUUAAACCAUCUGAUCUGAAAGGAGGUAUUCCAUUCUCUCUUUCCUUAGUUUUAUUUCAUUUCUCUCAAUUUUCACUAUCACUUUUUCUUCUGCCAUUUUUUUUUUGGAUUUAUAUGUUAGAGUAGAUGCAACAUUUUAAAAUAUCAAAUUGCAGUUAAUGUUUAGAUGCUUUGCAUAGUCAUGCAUUGAUGAAGUUAGCAACAGCUAUAAAAAAAAAAGGAACAAAAAAGUAGCACAUGGAAAAUCAUAAUCGAGAAAAUUGCAUAGCUUAUAUCCUAAUAUGAUCGCUAGAAAAUGUCAUAAACGUAAAAUGCUUGAUUUGUAGUAGAGAUACAAUAAUAAAGUAUUAGAGUAACAAACAUGUAUUACUACUACUAUGUAUUUCUUUUCUAUUAAUUUAUAUUUGCGAUACUUACAUAUAUUAUUGUAUGGAUGUCAGGUGAAAAGAAGGGUAAGAAAACAAAGAAGGCUAAGGAGACGGGGGUUCCCAGAGACCACCACAAAACCUUGUGAUUAGAGAUAGAAGCCCGUCGCCACGUCUCCCACCACGCGGUGCUCCAUUGCCUCAUGAUCCCCUCAUGAACGGUAUUGCAUAUAGUCUUCCACCUCCAUAUAGCUUUGGUCGGCCCUAUAUGGCUCCACGCCAGGGCUUUACUGAGGCGCCUCCCCGAGCCCCUCGAUGAUGUCCACCCCAGGUUAUCCUACCCCACAGGGCUUCACUAGGUAUACUUCCGUAUCUCAGCGGGCUACGUCUAGUGGUACUCUGACGGCCACUCCUAGCCCGAUUGCAUCACAUCAUUCUCCAUCAUCUACUGAACAGUACGAGAUUACGGGUCCUGACCUUCGAGAAAGUAGUUCUGCGCCUCACACUCCUACCGCAAAUGACUUACCUGGAGGUGUACGUGCUCCACAACUGGAAUCUUAUGACUCAUCAGGGCGACUCAUCAUCGAGCCUGCGGGAUACGGUUGGUUACUAGACAAAACUUCAAGACUCCUUACAGAUGAGAUAGAAAAACUAUUUAAAGACUCACCUACUUGGGGCCAGAUGUCACCAAAUCGCCAGAGACAGAUCUAUUAUGCAUUUAAGGAAAAAUGUUUCUGGCGCCCGGAACAUGAGAAGCAGCUAACUCAAAACUUCAAGAAGAAAGCUCAGCGCUUACUAUGUGACAUGUUAGGAAGGGUUCGUGAAUCUAACAAGAAGCCUACAUGGAUCCUUCCUGAAAAAUAUGCCAAGCUACUGCAUUACUAGGCAACUAAUGAAAGAUUCUUACAAUUGAGUGACAUAGGGAAGAAGGCUAAAAAUUCGACGAAGGGUGGCUCCCUACACACUAGUGGGGCUAUGAGCCAAGAGGCCGUGAGGAGGA